AUGGCGCCUUCGAACCGCAACAACGAAUCACUCACCAGCAGCACAAACAGCAGAGGGGCACACUCCAAUAACCUCAGGGAAGCGGCACAGCGAACGAAGGAUGGCGAAAAAGGAAAAGACAAAAGUGGAAAGACAAAAAAGACGAACAGGAAGAAGAGGAAGAGAAAGUACUACAAGGAAAGAGUCAUCAAUUUCACAGACCUCCCUGAACAUUUUUUGAAAAAAAUAUGCUUUGACGAAAUGGAAUAUUUCUACAUGAAUUUUGACAAUGCAUCCAAAUCGAUUCGUAGAUCCCAUUUCAACAGAGACGAUUACAAGUACACGAAUGGUAAUCCAUUUGGUCAGAAAAACGAUUUAUGUGGAACCGUCUCGGAGGACGAAGAUAAUAGGGACACCUCUUUCGAUAGUACAAAUGAUAGCAACAAAACUGUUAUGUACUUAGAAAACUAUGGAAGUAAUUCCGAUGUUAAUAGAACAAAUGGGGGGAAGGGAAGUGGGGACUCCCUCAACUGUGAUGCAGAAGCGGAUAAUCACAGCAACAAGGGAAUAUCCACCAUGAAUGACACCCUCCCUGUAGUUAAGCAGCCGGAGGGUAAGAGCCCCAGUGGGUACAAACAUCUUCCAAAUGGCUCAUCGGGUGAGGACUCUAAAAUGGUUGCAAAGAACGAAACAACAGUGAGGCACGAUAGGGUGAGCGAGAAAAUGAACGGAAAUCGACAAGGCAAAAAAUUGAGAAGCUCCCAUUUGGAGGAGGAGAGCAUCCCCCUUCUACACACGCAAGUUAGCAAAAAUAAAUAUGCCAAAUUUACAAAGAGGAAAAGAACCAAAUAUAGCGGAGGAGACGACACAAUAUCGAUAUACAUGAGCGAUACCGGGUGGGGGUGCAUGAUACGGGUCGUCCAAAUGGUGCUAGCCAACAUACUAAUCAAGUACAAAGUCUCCAAAAAAUAUGCCUUCUUUCACAAUACGAGUGAUUACGCAUUUUAUAGAAAUUACCUCAGAAAAUCGUCAAAUGAGCAGCAGGUGGGGGGUGGAGAGAAACCCAUUGCCAAAAGUGAGGGAAAUAUAAAUGCCUCUAACAUAAGUUACCAUGUUGAAAAGAUGGCUGCACGAAAUUACUGUGAUGAGCAGAUGAAAGAGGCCGAUUAUUUUAUAACGGACGGAAAAUCAGACGCACCUUACUGUUAUGAUAACAACUCCACGAUGAGCACUUCUAGUAAUUUCCCCCCUAUGGAGAAGUUCCAAAGUUGUGAACGCACAAAAGUGGAAGGUGUUAACGACGGGGAGGUAACAACAGCAGGGUUAUGCACCUCUUCAUGCGCCUCUGCAUCGAGGGGUAAUGCCCCCCCAACAAGGGAACAAAGCGUAUAUCGCUAUUUUAAGAAUUACGCAAUGUUUCUGAGCAGCGGGGGGGAGAGCGCCCCCCGGAUGGACAUCGAGAGUGCGGACGAAGUAAAGGCCGACGUAGCGCAACCCCCACGCAUGAGUGCCGUUCGACACGUGAACGUGAACAACUCGCUGGCAUACUCCGUGCUGCUGCAGUUCAGAGACAUGGAAAGCGCCAAGUACUCCAUUCAGAACAUCAUUUACGAAACCAUGAAGUACAAAAAAGUUAGCCAAAAAAACAUGGAGCAUUUUGUGCAUGAAUGGCUUGGGCCCACCAGCAGCGCAGUUGUCAUAUCCAACCUCAUUAACAGAAAGAAGGUCCUCUUUGUGAGAAAAAGAAGAAACAGAAUUCCGAUAAAUCGUGGAAGCUGCUUGCCAACGGGUGAUAGCUUCCUUGGAAAGAGUGAGUCCAUCCUGGGGAGAGAUAUUUCCCCUGCAGAUCGAGUCACCAACAAGAAGGAAUACUUUUUUGUAAAGCGCAAAAAAAGACAUGCCUUUUUCUCAGUCGCCUUUGACACGGGCGUCAUAUACAACAAUCGAGUGUUAAAAUUUUUUCAAAUUAAGGAGAAAAUAUUAGUCAUUAUAUGGGUGUGCCUAAAACUAGGGACUGAUUCUUUUAACCUAGUGAAAUAUAAACAGUCUCUACUCUCCUGCUUUGGCCUAAAACAGUUCCAAGGAAUAAGUAGUGGCAAUGCACAUACCAGUGCUCACUACUUUUAUGCUGCAAAUGAGAACGGCCUGUUUUACCUGGACCCUCAUAUAAAAUGCCAAAGGGCCUUCACAGACUUAAAUGAAAAUUACGAUACGGAAUUUUUCACACAGAAGAUAAAGUUUCUUCCCUGGGAGUAUUUGAAUUCGUCUUUAUCGAUGAUAUUCGUCGUGGACUGUAAGGAGGACUAUUUCAAUUUAACCCAAAAUUUGAAACUUAUUGAUCCAAGCAUAUUUGAAGUUUACGAUGAGGAGCCACAAUACACCAUCAGGAGUGAAUUAAACUACGACACGGACGAUUCAGGACUAGUUCUUUUGUGA